UAUAUAUGUAUGUUGUAUUUUGGUGUAAGUGGAAAUGAAGUUAUUGUGAUGAAUCCCAAUGAGAUUUUUUGCGGUACCAAACCGUUUGUUCCCUCCUUUAUUAACACCCCAUAUGCUCCUCCCCACUCUCACCGGAUCGGAUUUUUACCAUUUCAAGAAGCAAUUGAAUUGACCUUUUCACUCCUACUAAACACACACUCAUUUUGGGUUCACAAAUUUGAAGGUUAAGCAAAUCGAUUCUUGAUUUUCCGCUACUUCACAGCUCUGUUGCAGCUUCUUGCACUGUGUUUAGGUCAGAAGUAGAGUGUGUAGCAUCAUUCCAUCUCCAUCACGGCAUGUUUAAGGAUAUCGCCAAUUCUUUGGUAGAUAUGAACAGGGAGAUGUGAUUUCUUCAACUAUUUUGCUUACAAUGGCGGAUUCAUUAUUGCUCAAGUAUAAGGUAAAGCUGCAGACUUAUGGACAACCUCACUCUUGUCCCAAAACCCCUAAUCCGGAGUUAUUUUCGCGUGAUCAACUGCAUUUUCGAGGAGACAUAAACUAUGAACUACACUUGAAGAAGAGGAUCAUUUCACGCCAAUCCAUCACUUGCUCUAGGCUCAAACCAGUCUCUGCUGUAAGCUCAGACGGUGCACAUUCCAUAAGCCGGGAGCCACUGCAAGUGAAACACAAGAACUUUGAGGAAUGGGACUCAUUAACAGCAAAAUUCGCUGGAGCUGCAAAUCUACCGUUUCUCUUAUUGCAGUUGCCUCAGAUCAUACUCAAUUAUCGGAAUCUGAUGGCAGGGAAUCGAUCUGCACUUUUGGCUGUUCCAUGGCUGGGUAUGCUUACUGGAUUGCUCGGGAAUCUUUCUUUGCUCUCAUAUUUUAUCAAGAAGGGGGAAACUGAAGCAGUGGCGAUCCAGAUGCUAGGAGUCGUAUCCAUAUAUGUGGUCAUCUUGCAGCUAGCUAUGGCUGAAGCUAUGCCUCUUUCUCAUUUUGUUGUCACUUCGAUAGUGACUGCAACCGGUGUCGUUUUAAACUUGAUGAAACACUUCAAUUUGCUUAGUACUGGAAUCUGGAAAUCUUGGGAAGAAUUCAUUACCAUAGCAGGACUAUCGGCACUUCCACAAGUCAUGUGGUCGACUUUCAUCCCAUUCGUUCCAAAUACUGUCUUGCCAGGCAUCAUUGCCCUUUUGACUGCAGUGCUUGCCGUUUCUAUGGCGCGCAUGGGAAAACUCUCGAAGAAAGGUAUAAACAUUCUUGGAUCAGUCUCUGGAUGGACAGCCACUCUUCUCUUUAUGUGGAUGCCUGUUGCACAGAUGUGGACAAAUCUUCUGAAUCCUGAAAACGUGAAAGGUCUGUCAGCUGUGACGAUGUUGCUGGCCAUGAUUGGCAACGGGCUGCUAAUCCCACGAGCAUUGCUUACUCGAGAUCUAAUGUGGUUCACUGGUUCGACUUGGGCGUGUGUUUUCUACGGAUGGGGGAACCUCGUCUGCCUAUACUGCUUCAAUAGUAUCAGCUGGGAGUUCUUCUUGGCUUCAACUCUUGGCUUUCUUGCUUGGAUAGGAAUCACUUUCUGGAGAGAUGCACAAGUCCAUGGACAUCCCUCAUCCUUCACUUCUUUGAAGGAUCUCAUUUUUGGACAUUGACCCCUUUUUCCAUCUCUGUAUUUGCUGCUGUGUGUCGAGGCUGUCGACGACGCAGAAUAUAUGCUCAUUAACAGAGCUACCAAAUUAUGUAUUUACAGCAAAGUAAAUGAGGUAGAAGACAUCUGCAGUUUACUUGCUGUAUGAUUUAGUUGGGUAGAUUGAUUGCAUGGGAUGGGAGAUCUUCUAAUGUAAACUUUUCCUAUGUGCUUACUACUUAGUACUUACUAGUAUAAUUUCUAAAUUUUUUAUGAGCAAAUUGGAAUAAACCACGCACAAUUUUUUGCAGCAAUAAAGAGAUUUUCUUUUGUUGCUCA